UCCGCCCGGUUCAGGCGCCCGCGCUUGCACGCGGAGCUGGGGGAGCGGAGAAGUAGGUUUUGUUCUGCUUCUCAAAGACAGAUGACUGGACUGGAAGCAUAACUCACCACCCCGCCCUUUGGAUCUCUGCUCGGUUCUCUUCUGACACCUCGGGAUUCGUGGUGACCAUGCUGUGAUGAGCGCCCGGGAGGGACAGAUGCAUUUGAUGCUGUUUGAACACAGCUGAUGACAGUGUCAGCAUUGAUUCAAGGUCACCUGCGCCACCCGGGCCUCCCUGCAUCUUGGACAUGACUGAGCUUCUUCAGUGGGCCAGGCAUCACUGGCAUCGGCUGAUGAAUGGGAGAACCCAGGAUGAAGAUGAGCGGCCAUACAACUAUUCUUCACUGCUUGCCUGUGGGGGCAAGUCCUCCCAGACGCCCAAACCGGCAGGCAAGCACCGCGUUGUUAUUCCUCACCUUCAGUGCUUCAAAGACGAGUACGAGAGGUUUUCUGGAACCUACGUGAAUAACCGAAUACGGACAACCAAGUACACACUACUGAAUUUUGUGCCAAGAAACUUAUUUGAACAGUUUCACAGGGCUGCCAAUUUAUAUUUCCUGUUCCUUGUGGUCCUGAACUGGGUGCCUUUGGUAGAAGCCUUCCAAAAGGAAAUCACUAUGCUGCCUCUGGUGGUGGUCCUCACCAUUAUUGCAAUUAAAGAUGGCUUGGAAGACUACCGGAAAUACAAAAUUGACAAGCAGAUCAACAAUCUAAUAACCAAAGUUUACAGUAGGAAAGAAAAAAAAUACGUUGACUGUUGCUGGAAAAACGUCAGUGUGGGAGACUUCAUUCGCCUCUCCUGCAACGAGAUCAUUCCUGCAGACAUGGUUUUGCUCUUUUCCACGGACCCGGAUGGAAUCUGCCACAUUGAGACUUCUGGCCUCGACGGAGAGAGCAAUCUAAAGCAGAGGCAGGUGGUGCGCGGAUACGCAGAACAGGACUCUGAAGUUGAUCCUGAGAAGUUUUCCAGCAGGAUAGAAUGUGAAAGUCCAAACAAUGACCUCAGCAGAUUCCGAGGCUUCCUGGAACAUUCCAACAGAGAACGUGUGGGCCUCAGCAAGGACAAUUUAUUGCUCAGAGGGUGCACCAUUAGGAACACAGAGGCUGUUGUGGGCAUUGUGGUUUAUGCAGGUCAUGAAACCAAAGCGAUGCUGAACAACAGUGGACCACGGUAUAAGCGCAGUAAACUCGAGAGAAGGGCAAAUACAGAUGUCCUCUGGUGUGUCCUGCUUCUGGUCGUAAUGUGUUUAACUGGUGCACUGGGUCACGGAAUAUGGCUGAGCAGGUAUGAAAACAUGCUCUUUUUUAACAUCCCUGAGCCAGAUGGACGUGUCACAUCACCUGUGUUGACAGGGUUCUAUGUGUUCUGGACUAUGGUCAUCUUGUUGCAGGUCUUGAUUCCCAUUUCUCUCUAUGUGUCCAUCGAAAUUGUGAAGCUUGGACAGAUCUAUUUUAUUCAGAGUGAUGUAGAUUUCUACAAUGAGAAGAUGGAUUCUACCAUUCAGUGCCGUGCUCUGAACAUCACUGAGGAUCUUGGCCAGAUUCAAUACCUCUUCUCUGAUAAGACAGGGACCCUCACUGAAAAUAAGAUGGUGUUUCGAAGGUGUAGUGUGGCAGGAUUUGACUACUGCCAUGAAGAAAACGCCAAGCGGCUUGAGUCCUAUCAGGAAGCUGUCUGUGAAGAGGAGGAAUGCACAGAUGCUCUGAGCGGCUCCCUCAGCAACAUGGCAAAACCCAGAGCCCACGGCUGCAGGACAGUUCACAGUGGGCCUUCGGGAAAGCCCUCAGCUCAUCUCUCUGGGAGCAAACCUGCCGUAGGAAAUGAAGAAGGACCCGGCGAAGUGCCUCAUUCCAGACAGGCUGCAUUCAGUAGCCCCAUGGAGACGGAUGUGGUACCAGAUACCAGACUCCUGGACAAAUUUAGCCAGAUCAGCUGUCAGCUCUUCACGCCACUGGAUGGCACUGCGCAGAGCCCCCCGCUGGAGACUUUGUACAUCAUCGACUUCUUCAUCGCACUGGCAAUUUGCAACACGGUGGUGGUUUCGGCUCCAAACCAGCCUCGGCAAAAGAUUGGGCUCUCCUCACUGAGUGGAAUGCCCAUCAAGUCCUUGGAAGAGAUUAAAAACAUCUUCCAGAAAUUGUCUGUCCGGAGAUCAAGUUCACCGUCCCUUGCCAGUGGGAAGGAGCCAACUUCCGGGGCUCCCUGUGCCUUUGUGAGCAGAAUCUCUUUCUUCAGUCGAACAAAACUGUCCCCUCCUAUAGAAGACGCAUCUUCCCAGAUGGGUGAAAGCCCUCAGGCCAGUAACUCAGCUUGCUGUACAGAAACUGAAGCACAGAACAGUGAUAUAGGACUCACCACCGCCUCAGCCUCAGCCUCAGCCUCAGCCCUAAAUGGACCCCUGCCCUUGGCUUCCAACCUGUGUUAUGAAGCCGAGAGUCCAGAUGAAGCAGCCUUGGUGUAUGCUGCCAGGGCUUACCACUGCACUUUACAGUCUCGGACCCCAGAGCAGGUCAUGGUGGACUUUGCUGCUUUGGGCUCAUUAACAUUUCAACUCUUACACAUCCUGCCCUUUGACUCGGUAAGGAAAAGAAUGUCGGUCGUGGUCCGGCAUCCUCUUUCCAAACAAGUCGUGGUGUAUACAAAAGGCGCUGACUCUGUAAUCAUGGAGCUGCUGUCAGUGGCUUCCCCAGAUGGAACAAAUCUGGAAAAACAACAGCUGAAAAUAAGGGAGAAAACGCAGAGCCACCUGGAUGAUUAUGCCAAGCAGGGGCUGCGGACGUUAUGUAUAGCGAAGAAGGUCAUGAGUGACACUGAGUAUGCAGAGUGGCUGAGGGAUCACUUUCUAGCUGAAACCAGCAUUGACAACAGGGAAGAAUUGCUGGUUGAAUCUGCCAUGAGACUAGAGAACAAGCUUACAUUACUUGGUGCUACUGGCAUUGAAGACCGUCUGCAGGAGGGGGUCCCCGAGUCUAUAGAGGCUCUUCACAAAGCUGGCAUCAAGAUCUGGAUGCUGACGGGGGACAAGCAGGAGACAGCUGUCAACAUAGCUUAUGCAUGCAAACUCCUGGAGCCGGAUGACAAGCUCUUCACCCUCAACACUCAGAGUAAAGAUGCCUGUGGGAUGCUGAUGAGUGCAAUUCUGAAAGAACUUCAGAAGAGAACUCAAGCCUCUCCAGAGCCGGCAUCACCAAGAAAGGCCCUUCCUCAGCCUCCAGACCCCUGGCGCUCAGGACGAGCAGGACUUGUUAUCACCGGGAAGACCCUGGAGUUUGUCCUGCAGGAGAGUCUGCAGAAGCAAUUCCUUGAGCUGACGGCAUGGUGCCAAGCGGUGGUCUGCUGCCGAGCCACCCCGCUUCAGAAAAGUGAGGUGGUGAAGUUGGUUCGGAACCAUCUCCAUGUGAUGACCCUGGCCAUUGGUGAUGGCGCCAAUGAUGUUAGCAUGAUCCAAGUGGCCGACAUUGGGAUCGGUGUCUCAGGUCAAGAAGGCAUGCAGGCAGUGAUGGCCAGUGACUUCGCCAUUUCCCAGUUCAGACAUCUCGGCAAGCUCCUCCUCGUGCAUGGGCACUGGUGUUACACGCGGCUCUCCAACAUGAUUCUCUACUUUUUCUACAAGAAUGUGGCCUAUGUGAAUCUCCUUUUCUGGUACCAGUUCUUUUGUGGGUUUUCAGGAACAUCCAUGACCGACUAUUGGGUUCUGAUCUUCUUCAACCUCCUCUUCACAUCUGUUCCCCCCAUCAUUUAUGGUGUUUUGGAGAAAGAUGUGUCAGCGGAGACCCUCCUGCAGCUGCCUGAACUUUACCAGAGUGGCCAGCAAUCAGAGGCGUACUUGCCUCUCACCUUCUGGAUCACCUUGUUGGAUGCCUUCUAUCAAAGCCUGGUGUGCUUCUUUGUGCCUUAUUUUACCUACCAGGGCUCUGACAUUGACAUCUUCACAUUCGGGAAUCCGCUGAACACAGCAGCCCUGUUCAUCAUUCUCCUCCAUCUGGUGAUCGAAAGCAAGAGUCUGACUUGGAUCCACAUGCUGGUCAUUGUUGGGAGCAUCGUGUCUUACUUUUUCUUUGCCUUGGCUUUUGGGGCCUUGUGCAUAACUUGCAACCCACCAUCCAACCCAUACUGGAUUAUGCAGGGGCACAUGCUGGACCCGGUGUUCUACCUAGUUUGUGUCCUUACAACCUGCGUAGCUCUUCUGCCCAGGUUUGUAUACCGAGUUCUUCAGGGAUCCAUGUUUCCAUCUCCAAUUCUGAGAGCCAAGUACUUCGACAGACUUGCCCCAGAGGAGAGAGCAGAAGCUCUCAAGAAGUGGAGAGGGACUGCAAAGGUCAACCGGGAGACAUCAGCGCAUGCCAGCCAAUCAGCUGCUGCUUCAGAAAGACCCAUGACUGGCUCUUCUGCUGUCCUGGCAAUGAAGUCAGCAACAUCAUGUGCUGUUGAGCAAGAAAACUUACCUAUGUGUGAGACUGUGCUAGACCUUGGCUGCUCUGAACCUGAGGCCUCAAAGAUGCCUGGACCCUCAGGACACCCUGCUUAGGGUUGCAGGUCAUCUUUUAAGUUUGGAAGGAUGCAGAAGUCGUGCCCCUCAAAAAUGAGGAUGACUUGUGUUUUUAUACAAGGGAUGUCAGCAUUUUGCUUGGCGUGGAAAAACCGACGCCGUGUCUGCAAUUGUAUACCUGCGUGUACAUUGGUAAACAGGGGAUAGCGUUUGACCUGAGCAGAGUUCAGGGAAUUGGAAUAUUUGAUUCAGGACCAUAUGUUGUUUUUAUGACACAUUUUAGAUUCCUGCAAAGGAAUUCUAAUCGUCUUUUAAGUGCAAACAUUAUCGAAGAAAUUUGUUUGAAAUAUAUUUAUUUUAUAGGUAAGUCUCAUGCAUUUGGAAAUGCUUUAAGCGAGAUCCAACCUGAAUUCUCUUUAAGAAAGAAAAAAGUACUUUUAAAACGUGUUUAUUAGGAAAACUCAUUAAUUUGAAGACAAAUUCCCUAGAGCCUUUGGUUUCUCCUGAGACAAGGCCUUUGGUCUCGAUAUGAGGGUGUUUAGCAACCCUCGCUGUCAUUUCAGCGCUGUGCUUCCUUUAUAGGGAAGGAGGAAGUGGGGGACUGUUGGGUUCAGCAGCAGCCAGGCUGCCUUCUGCUCUGUUUACUGUUAUCAGUAGAUGCAUGUGCUCCCGCCGUGCAGAGGUGGUCAACCAGGAAACAUGCACGUAGGUCAUGCAACACAAUCAGCGGAGCCUACAGACUGUGGGCAACUUCCGAGUUCUGAAACCGAGGACGCCCCCAUCGACAUGAGACAAUCACCUUCAAUGCAGUCUGCCGGGGACCACGUGAGAGUCCGUAGUUGCGGCACUGCAAAAUCCGUCUGUGUUGUACCCUCUACAGAGUGAGAUACGGGUUGGGACUGAUAACGGGCUAUUCUCAGUGGGGAUCCCUGAGGCUCUUCGAAAGAGUGACACGUUUAAAGGUACAAAUGUCUGUAGCAAGUUUUCUGCCGUGACAAAUCAUGGAUUUGCUUAGUGCCUAGGAGCUGUUUUAUACCAGGUGAGUCCAUUUGCUACUGUGAAGUCACGUUCUCCUGUCUUUCAAAACGUCCACGUUCAUCUGACAGUGGUCCCACCAGUCAUCUAGAGUGCCCUUUGUGAAUCUCUGUGCUAAAGGUCGGUGUCUACAUCAGUCUUAUAAACUGUUGCUCUCAGGGCCUGUUACCUGCUGUGUACCCUCCUAGUCACUUUCUGUACCUUCCCGGUAUCAUUGUUAAAUGGUCUUCUCAUAUAGACUGAUUCCUGGAACUGUCAAAAUACCAUGUGCCUCAAGGAAGCUGCCUUCUACUUCCCUGAGAUGUUUUUUUUAAAAUAAAU